UUUGUGUUUUCAUAGUAUGAACCUUGAAGAGAAAGCUGAAAUGGACUCGGUUCCACAACCUGAGCAUCUCUGCUAUGUCCGCUGCAACUUCUGCAACACUGUUCUGGCGGUUGGGAUCCCAUGCAAGAGGUUGCUGGACACAGUGACAGUGAAAUGCGGCCAUUGCAGCAACCUCUCGUUUCUCAGCACCAGGCCUCCAUUUCAAGGUGAAUGCCUCGAUCCCCAAACCACCCUCACUCUCCAGAGUUUCGGCGGUGAUUUCAUGAAGGGCACUCAGUAUUCAUCGUCAUCGAGCGAGCCAUCGUCUCCCAAAGCACCAUUUGUUGUAAAACCUCCUGAGAAGAAACACAGGCUCCCAUCUGCUUACAAUCGGUUUAUGAAGGAGGAGAUACAGCGCAUUAAAGCAGCAAAUCCUGAGAUUCCACAUAGGGAAGCUUUCAGUGCGGCUGCUAAAAAUUGGGCUAAGUAUAUCCCAAAUUCUCCACAAGCAGCGGCAUCAGUUUCUGAAAGCAGCAGCAAUUGCAACCAAAGUGUUGGGAUCACUAAGCCAGCUCAAAUAGUAGAGAAACUAGAGUUAUAUAGUAAAAGAACAUAUUACUACCGGACUUGCACCGACGUACGGUUACAAUGUCCGGAAUUUAGCGUUGUUGUAUAA